CACUGAUGUCCGGUGUGUGUUUAUGCGAAUUAAAAUCGGUUUGUUUUUAUUUCUUGUGUAUACUUGUUCUAUGACUUUUGUAACUAAUGAAAAUUUAUGUUUUAUUAAUGUAAGGAAGUUUUAUUCAUAUUAAUAUUAUCUACGAGCGUUAUACUACUGCGAAAAGUUAUUAUUAGUUUAUAAGUACAAUAAGUGCUUGAAAAAUGUUAAAUACUUCCUAGCUCCGUUUUAUCACAAGGGAUUUAUUAUAAUAAUUCACUUAAUUAUGGCAUUAGAGGUAUCUCUAAAAGAAAUCUGUGAUGGUCUCAAAUCUAAUAGAAUUACCGACAGAAAAAAAAAUGCUGAAGCCCUGAAGGAAUAUCUUCUAAGAAAUGCAGUUCCAAUGCUUUUAACCGAAAAUACUUUUAAAAAGAAUGGUUACACAUGGACUCAAUUAUUUGUCGAUAUAAAUGAUUAUAUUUUAAAGGAAACUGAAAAAUAUGACACAUCGAAAACAUUUGAUACAGUCACUGGACCACUUUGUACUUCAUUAUUGCAUUUAUGUGUGGCAGGAUCCAAUAAAGGUGGUGCAUACGUUAAAUGUAACACUGUAAUAGAGGCUUGUUUGUACAUCUUAAAGGAUAAACGUUUAUUAAAGGCUAUUGGAGAUGCAUAUUUGAUAUUACUAUACAAGCAUAUUUUGCCUCAUGAUUAUUACUUAGGAUAUAUAGCACCAUCCACAUGGGAAGAGAUAUUAGAUAUUUCUCUUUCUGUCUGUAAACAUAAUUACUCCAAACUGGAUGACUAUACAAAGUUAAGAUUACUUUUACUCAUUGUCAAAAGUGGAAGUAAUAAUUGCCAGAUAAUAAUUUAUCUGAGAAAUUCUUUAAGUACAUUUGAAAACUGUUUUCUGAAACUAUCAUAUGAUAAAAAAGUACAAGAAGUUAUUGUUGAAAUCAUCAUAUUGCUGUUGGAAACGCUGUCUACAGAAUGCCGACUGACUAUGUGUCGAUUCACAGAGAAGAUGUUAUCAUGUGUUUUGAAAUUUUAUGACCAAAAUAUGGACCAAAACAAAAAGGUUUCUCUGUUCAAACUGUUACAUGGGACAGUGAUACUCCAUCACCCCUUAGGAAGAAUACAGACCGAAGAAGGUAGUCUAGCACAUGAUUGGGAAAUUUGGAAUAGGAGACUCAAUGGAAUUUUAGAAAUAAUAUGCUUAGAAGUAACUUAUCUCCAGAAAUUCCAUAAACAGAACAAUAAUUCGUCAAAGGAUUCCUCAUAUUUCUAUUCACUUGCGGCGUCAGUUUAUUAUCAGAUAUUUAAUCAAUUGCGGGCACAAACAAACGAAGCAGAAGAGAGUUUCUCAAAGAGACAGAAAACAACUCAUAAUAAAACUAGAACAUUUGUUGAUCUUAUUGAAGAAUUUAAACUAAAUCAUAAUCCAUGGAUCGGAGUGAUACAAAUGUUGGUAAAAAAUCAAGGACAAUGUAUUACAUUUGAAGAAUACCUUAUGUUAUUGAAUGUACUUGAUACGCUGGCGUUAAACAGUAAAACUGGUUCAACAUGGGAUAUUUUUGGGGAGUUAACUUGUUCAGUGUUAGAAAAAUUAAUGUCCAAUAAUUUGUUUAAGAAAGAAGAUCAUGUUAAUGUUGUUACGUCGCUGUGGGAUUCAUGUGUUAGGAAUUCAACAUGUUUAAACGCUGGACACAAAUCCUUACACAAGAUCAUGCAAUGUUUGCUUCUACUGGAUGCAGUUACGUACCAAACUGCAGAAACUUUGAUAAAAUUGUAUGUCGAGAAAAGCAUGCCCGUAUCUGAUAGCAGUGUUAAGACGCUAUCUAUGUUGAUGUACAAAUUUUUUAAUAAGUGUAGUAAUUUAGAGUUUCGCAUCAACUGCUUUGUAUGGUUUUCUCAAGAUAUCAAGGCUAUAAAUCCUGAGAGUACAGUAGAAUUGAUUUUGCGGGUGUUAGCAAAUGAAAAUAUAAGUAAUGUGCCCGAAUGUCAACAAACAAAUGAUAUUAAUCUCACGUACAAAACUUUAUUCAACUCUAUUGAGAAGUGUAUAUUAUUCAGUGAAUUUGAAUAUGAAAUACCGAAAGUAGUUCCUGUAACCGCUAAAAAAGAGGAACACAUCGAAAUAAAUGCUGAUAUCGAAAAUAAAACCAGAGAUAUAAUUUUCAGUCAGUUAACAGAUUAUAUAAAAAAACUGGAAAAUAAUAAUGAUGAUUUACUGGGAUAUAUCAAAUUUGUUAACAUUGUUCUUCUAUAUUUAAAUACUGUUAUAACACACUCCUGUAAAUCACCGAAAGAAAUUAAGAAAAUCAAACUUUACAAUUUAUUAGAUACCGCACUGAAAAAAAUGUAUGCAAGCCUCAAGAAGGUUUUAGAAAGUAAUGUGCAAAUUCCGAUCAAAAUUAAGAUAUUGGAAUCAACAAAAGGCAUAUUGGAAACUGAUUUUCAUCGUUUUCUUAACGCCGAAGUUCGUGCAUGUAUAGACAGCCAAUUUUUCCAUUGUCUCAAUAAUAUCAUUCACACCGAACCUGAGAAUGACGACGAGCUCAUAGAAGAUGAAGAGGAAAUGUCUGUUAGGGGCUUGAAGCAUCACUGUAUUUACGUUUUAGCUGCGUUCUGCAGAACGCGUGGAGACUACUGCACUGAAAUAUUGGAAUUGAUCUUGGACCCAAAACUUUACAAUUUGCCGUCGGAUGUCCGUUGUGCCCUCACGUGCAUACAGUUACUCAGCGAUGCUACAGUGGAGCAACCGCCGAUUGGCCUAAUUUUUACGUUGAUGGCACACAUGUGCAAAGUGUUGUACAGAGAUUCAGAAGCAACCUUCGGCAUACUUAAAGUCUUAUUGAAUAUGCUCAAUCUCAUUUGGACACAAGAUGAUACAUUGAAACUAAACUGUUAUAUAAUGGUGAAGGGGUAUUUACAUCGGUGUGAAAAUUUAUUUUGUGCUCCCUAUGUCGUGCCAUUGGUAUAUGAAUGUGGAGCAAAAAUCAUUGAACUGAACCGAAAAUAUAAAAGCAAUCUAGAUAACAUAUUUCAGGAGAGUUUAGUUAAAAAAUUAAGAUGCGGAAUCCACAGCAUCCGCCUUUAUUGUUGCCAUUUAUUAAAGUUUGUUAUAAACGGUUUUUCUGAUGAAGACAUAGACGAGUAUUUGGAAUCACUCUCAGAUAUUUAUUUGGUCGAUGUUGCUGAAACUAAAGAAGAAAUCCUAAAAGAUGAAGCGGCAAACAGAACAUUAACUAUUUUACAUUCUUUUGUAGCGCUAGUGUAUUUAAAAAAAUCAGUACUGCUUAAAGUAAUAACAAGAAUUAUCAGUUUGCAAAAAGAUAAAUCUUUAGAUGAGACAUUAGUAAAGAAAGUUUUAAAUAAACUUGUAUAUUCCAUUAAUAAAACUAAUAUUGAGACGUACUUAAGCGACAACCUGUUACAUGUUUUGCACUUUUGGUUUACACACAAUAAAAGAGUUGUUGAACUGCCAUUAAGUUUAUUUGGCUGCGAUAAACUGGAUGUGUUUUAUGACAAACACAAAAAAUGGUUAAUUGCUGCAGACUCGUUGUGGAACAAAAUGGGUAAUAUUGUUCCUGCAAAUGUUUUCGAGGAUAGACCUGCCCUAACACUUGAAGAUGUCGUUGAGAGUUGUUUCUGCAAUAUUAUUGCCUUAUGCUUGCCCCAUUUGGUAAUAGAGAAGUAUAAAAUAGAUUGCACACUUGAAGUACCCAGGGCAUUUAGACAUGUAUUUGAAAAUGCUAAUAGAAUGUUUCAACACACUGGAAAAAUAUUGCCAAGUGAUAAAUGGACAAACGUUUUCGUUGAAAAUGUUGGUGACUUGUUGUUACUGGCAUCAUUGCAUUUGUGUGACUACGAGGGAACGAAAACAUUGUUUCAAAUCGCCAUAAGGAAUGAUACCAAGAGUUAUUUUUAUCCAAAAAAAGUUUUUUGUGCCAUUUUGGAUUAUAUAGGAGAAUUUACCGAUGGAAAUAUUAUGCAAUAUCUUUGUGAACAUCAAACUAUCGUGGUGUUCCAAAUAUUAAUACGUUUGUGGGAAAACGUUAUAAAAGAGCAUGUUUUAGAACAGAAAGCAUUGGCUUUGCAUGCCUACAUUACCGUCGUAGAAAGUCUUCCUCUCGACUAUCUUUCUGAUGUAUUUGUCUGCAAUUUUGCGUGUCAGAGCGUAAUUCAUGCGCUCAAGAAAUGUCGUGACCAUGACGAGAUGAAACUAAUCACAAGAACAUUAAAAUUUAUACUCGAAAGAUUUUUGCCAAGUAAAGCAGAACUAAUACAAAAGGCCUUGCCCGAGAUAAUAUCAGUUAUAGCUGUGAAAAACGAUGAAGGCUUUGAAGAGCAAUGUAUGGAGCUAGAAACAUUUGUAACGCGCAGUAUUAACAAUUGUUUGAAAGAAAGUGAAGACGUUGUUGACUACAUUAACACUAUGUCACAAGGCAAUAUGGAGAUAUUACAAUGUGCGACCACAGCAGGUGUUAUGGAGAAACUUAAAACUUUUAAUACGAGUCUUAUUACUCCAAGCCACAAAAUAUUGCUAAAACUGAAGAAAUUUUUAAAAUUUAACAAAUGUCAUGUGAAGGAAUUGUGUGACGCUCUAGGCCCGAAGGGAUUUUCUGAAGAUUGUAAGACAAGUAUUAUUCAUCGGGUUAUUUGUUCGCUGAAUAAUAUUUUAACAUCUUCGCUAGAUGAAAAGAUCACAACUGAGGCUUGCAACUGUUUGUCUGCAAUUGGAACGUAUGACUUGAAGACGUUGGUAACAGUACCACCGCCGGACACGCAAAAGCUGGUUACCGUGAAUCCGAAGAAUUAUUUUGUAUUUGUAGUUAUCAAGUCUCUUGUUGACAUUAUUUUUGACGAAAAUACAAAAUUGAUGGAUAAAACAUUGGAAACGCUUCAUAGUUUAAUGAAAUUUGUGGAGAAUGUUGAUGCAUUAGAGCUGAAUGCUAUUGAUACGGAAAUACUGAAGUCGUUAACAUCUAGCAACAACUUCCUACCCAUUGAAAUUACGUUUAAUACCCGAGCAUUCGACGAAUACUAUGCGAAUUACAGUGAAGGCAUAUUCACUGCGACAUUAAUCAAUAUGUCUGAAACAACAGGAAGUUCUGUUCACCAAAUGUGGUUAAAAGAAAUUACAAGCACUCUGUUAAAAUUUGUUGACACUGGAACAGAUUACAUGAAAUCUCUACAGUUAGUUUGCGAAUCGAAGUCUGGCACAUGCAGAGAAAUUUUACCAGCUCUGGUGGGGUUGUUACUUCAUUGUUCAUCAGAAAAAUAUAUUGAAAUAAUUAGCCAACAGAUAAAUGGUUUUUUCCAUUACAUUUGGGAUCAGUUUUAUAAGGAUAGAAUAGAUAGUACUGGAGACAUUUUCGCUAGUCCAAAAUCAGUGGAAGGUCUGAAUCACAGUCAUAAAAUGAUAAUUGAAUAUAUGCUUGCGGUUGUUGACUUCGUGCGUUUGCAAAGAAAACACUACGUAUCAAGGCCCAAUAAAACAUUUGAGAAUUACAAUUAUUUAAAACUGGACUAUGACAAAGUAGCUUGGGCAGCGACUGUAGCUGACCAGAAUUUGGCCGCGCUGUAUUACGGGGAGCUGUGGGCGAUGUCUCAGAACGCUGGCGUGCCUCCCAGCUCACCUGAAUUCACCACCAAUAUGGAUGGAGGGGAACAGAUCCAACAAAUAUUUAGAAAGUGUUACGUCUCAAUUGGUGACAUGGACGCCAUUGAUGGGUGCGGGACAGCCCACUUGACCAUCGAUGAGGAGAAACGUAAGCACCUCAUAAACACGGGCCAGUUCGCCGACGCGUUACUAUUGCACGACAUAGCGCUCUCCAGCGGGCAACACAAAGAUCCCCGUCUUCAAUACGGAGUCGUCAGAUCUCUCCACAAGUCCGGGAUGCAUCACUUAGCUUUACAGUACAUAAAAUCACUACCACAAAAACAAGAGCUUGAGGACAUCAAAUAUGAAUGUUUGUCGUUCCUAGGGGACUGGAGCGAAUUUGUAGAUACGAAGGAGUUGGAAGUUAAAAUUAAUGAACCAAACUGUAACCCUAAUUCGCUUUUUAAAGAAUUUCAUUACGCUUGCCUGAAAGACUGCCUUACUCUUCAAAAUUCGUCGCAUAUGGAAGGAAAAUUAAUGCAAGUUUUAAAUAAAUCAAAACUAGCCAUACACAGGCUCUGUCAAAAUCUUAACAUGGACAACUGUCAAAAUACGUACAAAGUGGUGGGGAAACUGCACCUAUUAGCGGACAUUGAAGAUUUUUUAGCAGUUAGGACGGAAAAGUCUUCGUUGAAUGAUAUCCUCGUCAAAUGGCAAGUGAAAAAUUUGCCAAAUUAUAAUGAUUUCAAGCACCUCGAGGCUCUUAUAUCCCAGCGAGCUUUGAUAUUGCAACAUGCUGCAAACAUGUUUAGGGAGUCUUUUAGUGAAAUUUCCUCUCUACAGAUUGAAUAUGCUGAACUUGGAUUAUCAAAUAAUAAGUUACAAAUGGCAGAACGAGUUUUGGCAAUGGUUAAAAAAUUACAAAAGUCUGAAGAAGUAAGUUUAGUGGAAAGUGAAAUAUCUUGGGCGAAAGGGCACAAGGAAAUCGCACUUUCUUUGCUUCGCAAUUUAGUCUGCGACCAAACAAUGAGUGCCAAAAUUAAUGCUAUAUCUUUAAGACGCUACGGUCUAUGGAUGGCCGAUACAAAACGUGAUAACACGAGGGACAUAAUUAAUAAGUAUUUAAUAAAAAGCCUUGAGAUCCUGCAGCUUGAUGAUCACCAAGAGACGAGGAUGAAGGUGUAUUAUGAUAUUGCGAAGUUCGCGGACGCUGAAUACAAACAGGUUGCCACGUAUAUGGAAUCAUCGAUAUUUGAAAACAAAGUUAAAUGUUUAGAGAGCAUGAAAGGAACAGCUUCGUCGUUACGAUCAACGCAGCAAGAGUUGACAAGGGAUGAGAAAAAAGCAUUCUUUGUCAACGAUAGAUUUAGAGCACUAGAUGAAGCGGAAAUCGCCAAUACGAAGGCAGAAAAACAAAGUUACUUACAGUUGGCUAUGAGGUAUUACUUACAGUCACUAAAACAAUGCGAAGAAAAUAAUUUAUCGGUGUUUCGGGUUAUAUCUUUGUGGCUCAAUAAUCCUAAUUUUGAAUUUGAAGAAACGAACAAUGCAACAUUUUCGCACAUGUUGCUAGAUAUACCGUCAAGGAAAUUCAUUACGGUCUUACCUCAGUUGGCACCUCGAAUCUCGAAUCAAAAAACUGAUUUUGCUAUCAAUUUGGCAAGAAUUAUAAAAAAAUGCGCCAAAGAACAUCCUCAUCAUACAUUACCAAUACUUUUUAGUUUGAAAAAUUCUGAUAAAGAUAAAAUGAUUUUGAAUGCGAGCGGCAGUCGUAAGACUACGGCUAAACCUCGAAAUCUAGAACCACGCGUGGUUGCCGCUGAAACUAUUGUCAAAGAGCUUUCACAAGAGAAUGAAGAGUUAGCGAUUAUAAUAGCGCAAAUGGAGAAGAUUUGUGACGCAACUAUAAGUUUCGCGAAUUAUAAGCCCCUAACAAAACAAAGCAAACAAGAAAUACCAGUUGCGGAAAAUAUACGUAAACUUAGCAAAUUAAACGCAAUUCCUGUGCCAACCGUCACCAUACCGAUACAAAAUGACUGCCGAUAUAUGCAAUUACCUUCGGUUCAUUCGUUUGACAAUAUCUUUGAACUGGUGGGAGGUAUAAAUUGUCCAAAGAAGGUAUAUUGCACGGAUUCCACUGGGAAGAAAAGAAUACUUCUAGUUAAGGGGGAAGACGAUAUGAGACAAGACGCGGUAAUGCAGCAAGUAUUCAAUAUAGUUAACACUCUACUGGAGAAGGAUCCAAUCACAAGUCGCAAUAAGCUUCUCAUACGGACUUACAAGGUAGUGCCAAUGUCGCGGCAGUCGGGAGUGUUGGAGUGGUGUGUCGGCACGUUGCCGCUGGGCGCGUACUUGGUGGGCGCGGGGAAAGCGGGCGCGCACGCGCGCUACCGGCCGAAGGAUAUAACGAGUCAUGCCGCACGUGUAAAACUAUCCGAAUGCCAUGAAAGAAGAAAGAGUAAUAAGGAAAAGUUAGCUGUAUUUUUAAAGAUAUUGAAAGAUUUUAAACCAGUCUUCCAUUAUUUCUUUACUGAAAAUUAUCUCAAUCCGGUGACGUGGUAUGAAAGACGCUUGGCCUACACGAAAAGCGUGAGCACUUCUUCCAUGGUGGGUUACAUACUUGGACUGGGCGACAGACACGUGCAUAAUAUUUUAAUCGACAAAAGUACAGCAGAAGUUAUUCACAUUGAUUUUGGAAUUGCUUUCGAUCAAGGCAAGACGUUACCUACGCCGGAAACAGUGCCGUUUCGUUUGACUCAAGAUAUUAUUGCGGGUUUUGGAGCGAGUGGCGUUGAGGGUAUAUUUAGAAGAUGUUGUGAGAAAACCAUGCAAUUAUUACGCAAUAAUCAAGAAACCUUGCUGACAAUAUUAGAAGUGUUGUUAUGCGAUCCAUUGUACACAUGGACGGUGACUACCCCCCACCAAAAUGCACGAAGUUCCGAAAAUAAUGAUGCAAACAUGGCUCGCGGCGGCAAGAGCAGCCUGGCGGAGCGCGCGCUGCUGGCCGUGAGCAGCAAGCUCGGCGGCUCCGAGGGCGGCGCGCCCGGCGGCGUGGCCGUGCCCGGGCACGUGGCGCGCCUGCUGCAGGCCGCCGCCGACCCCGCCAACCUCUGCCGCCUCUACCCGGGCUGGCAACCCUAUCUGUGAUGCCUGAUCAUUCCGUAGUGCCUUACUCUUAUGUGUUGGAAAUUUUUGUUCAAUCUAAUAAUUGUUAUCUUGUAUGUUCAAGCAAUAAAGUUGAUUAUUAAUA